AUGCAUCUCUUCUACCUAGGAGUCGUCAGACCAGGCAAAAACGGCGCCAAGACGCUGGAACUCGCCGAGGCCAAGGACCUGUCCUCGUUCUCGUUCUUCCAGCGCUCUUCGGUCGGCCAGUUCAUGACUUUUUUUGCUGAAACGAUCGCCGAAAGAACAACACCUGGCCAGAGACAGUCUGUGGAAGAAGGCAACUACAUCGGCCAUGUUUACACCAGGGCAGAGGGCAUUUCGGGCGUCAUAAUAUCCGACAAAGACUAUCCCAUCAGGCCAGCAUACACGCUCCUCAACAAGAUCCUCGACGAGUACAUUUCCAUCCAUCCUCCAAACCAAUGGGCCACCGUUGCAGAAAAAACGCCCGACCUCGCUUUCGACAACCUGGAGCCGUACCUGACGAAAUACCAGAACCCGACCGAGGCCGACGCGAUCAUGAAGGUGCAGCAGGAGCUGGACGAGACCAAGAUUGUGCUCCAGAAGAGCAUCGAGUCGGUGCUCCAGAGAGGCGAACAGCUGGACUCGCUCGUGGACAAGUCCGAGGCCCUCACGGCAAGCUCGCGCACCUUCUACAAACAGGCCAAGAAGACCAACAGCUGCUGCGUGAUUGUCUGA